AUCCUCAACAGUUCCGGUUAGAGAAUUACAGGAAGGGGAAGAACCAUGGCCCUUGCUAAUUUCCAAGUCUGUCCGCAAGGUGAGGAGAUGUGAUGAUACAUGCUUUUCGGGUCGGCGUUCCGACCUAAAGAGACUAAUAAGAACUAUACACGAAGGUAUAUCCUACUGCCAAAAGCUCGAUUCGAUCAGGGAAGGCGCACGAAACUGGUGCCAUAUUCCCAACAGACAUCCUGCUCGGGUGAAUGUCUUCUUCACGAUUGUCGCUCCGGCUUGUCCGGCCAAUUCUUCCUUUGCCGGAGACUAGGCAUUUGUGGUAACCUCAGACCGGGUAUAGUAGAUCGAAUCUUGGUUCUAAUCCUGGUUUGGGAAGUCGAUCGGCAAGACGAAACUCCCUAUAGAUGUGGGUUAAGGACGAGGUGGUCUGAUGCGUACUAAUUGGUCACGAUGCAGAUUCUGAAGCAUUGAGUGUUGAGAUGAAGGAUUGACCCAUCAUUAAACGCCCUGGAUAAAACCCUGCCGAUCGCCGGAAUGCGGGGGAGAAGAUCCAUCAAUGAAAUCAAGCCUCGCGGCGCCCUUGACAUGUCGGCACUGUUGUUCGUGGAAUUGUGGCUGCCAGAUGGCGCCCGGGGAACUUGG